GGCCUGGCUGGGGGUGGGCGCGUUGCAAUGUGCAGCGGCAGACGGGGUUGAGACGAGGAAGUCUCCACCUCUUCGGGCAGCUCCGAUCCGACGGUCAGCAGCGCUGCAAAGCGGGGGCCGAGCGGCAGCCGCCCGGAUCCGAGUCCUGCCGAGAGAGGCACCGGGGGUGGGGGUGAGGUUCAUGAGCCCCCUCGCCCCGCUGUCCCUCCUGGCGGGCGGCAGGGAGGCGGAAUAACCGCGGAGCUCCGGGGCAGCCUGUGCUGGGCCCCCCACCUGGGCAGAUGAACUUCUAAGGGCUCCUACUAGCCCCACAUGGCUCCGCGGCUUUCCCGCAGGGUCCCGCUCCACUGAGCAUCGGAGCCAGCGACCUGCCCCGGCCAGCCAGCGGGCUCCGUUCCUCCUCGGCGGGCAGGUGGGAAGGAAGCCGGCUGGAUACCACCAUGGGCCAGUCCUGGUGCUUCAUUGGGCUGCUCCUAGCCUAUGCAUCUGGAAAGAAGCUAUGGGACGUGCCUGUCUCUCAGGCUCCCCUGCACAGCACUGGAAAACUGCUCUGGGAGCCACAGUGCCAGUACCAACUGCGCCACCUACAGGACAGCGCUAGAAUUUCAGCUCUUCUGCCUCCCCGGCUGGAAGGUCAUUGGAUUUCUACAGGCUGUGAGGUACGUCCGGGACCGGAAUUCCUCACCAGAUCCUACCUGUUUUACUCCAACCGCUUGUUCAAGGCCUAUCAGUUCUACUACUGGGACCCCUCCUGCCACAAUCCAUCCCACUCCUUGGUCAUCAAAGGCAAGCUCAGGCUGCGCCAGGCCUCCUGGAUCACCCGAGGGGCAACUGAGGCAGACUACAAUCUGCACAAAGUAGGUAUUGUUUUCCACAGCCAGAGGGCCAUGCAGGAGAUUUCUGCCCGGAUCAAUCAGACAUCAGGAGGGGGCUGCAGUGGAUUCUUUCCACCUGGACGGUCCUGGGCUCCCGGAGUCCUCUACGACGUGCUGAGUGCCAAGGAGGGGCGGGAUUGCACCACAGCCCUGGGCUUUGCCAUGCAUGAACUCAGCCUGGUGCGGGUGGAGAAGCAUUACGAGCCCCUGCUGCAAACUCAGCCGAGCGGCAGCAGGACAGUGGAGGAGCUGUACCUAGGGGACAUUCACACCAAGUGGUCUGAGAGGCUCCAUUAUCGACCAACGGGGUAUCAACGCCCUUUGCAGAGUGCUGUGCAUCACGUGCAUCCUUGCCCUGCUUGUGGGAUUAUAUACAGAUCUGAUGAACACCAUCCACCUAUAUUACCAGCUAAACCUGAGUUGCCGAUGCAGUUAAGUGGCAGGUGGGUGAGUGCUCAUUGUGAAGUCCGGCCAGCUGUGCUUUUUCUUACUAGGUACUUCAUAUUUCAUGGCACCAAUCGCACCUGGGAAGGGUACUAUUAUCACUACUCUGACCCACUCUGCAAGCAGCCUACUUUUACCAUCUAUGCAUCUGGGUACUACACCAAGGGGGUCCCAUCCUCCAUAGUGAGAGGAGGUACAGAGCUGGCAUUUAAAGUGACCUGUGCUCGGGUUAAAGCAAUGGAUCAGGUAACAGUGACUAUGUUAAACUCCUCAGAGCCAGGAACCUGCGGGGAGACUGGCUCCUGGAGUGCCGGGAUUGAGCAGGAUAUAACGCUAACCAAUGGGUGUCUGGCUUUGGGCAUCAAGCUGCCCCACACAGAAUAUGAACUCUUUAAAAUGGAGCAAGACAUGAAAGAUCGCAGCUUGCUGUUCAUCGGCGAAAGGCCCACAGAUGGAUCCAGCCCUGACAGACCUGAGAAGCGGCCCACCUCAUACCAAGCACCUCUUAUUCAGUGUGCCGAUGCUACCGGGGUCUUUUCUAAACACAUCAGUCCAAGCUACCUGGGAAAAGAGGAUAAUAACGGGAAUGAAGCACGAAAACCUUUGCCUGUGACCCUUUUAUUGUCACUUAUGGCAAUGCAGUUUUUAAGAUGGGACUAGAUGAGUCCAGUUGUUUGCUCAGGUGCAGUACAGAAUUCAGACACUGGGUGCUAAGACAAUUUUAUAUCCUCUUCAGAUAAGCACAUCUGGAAUCAGUUUGCUUAGAUUCUGUACACAUUAAAAACAAAAUGGACAAAACAAGAGGUUUUCCCUGUAUAACAUGCCUGAUUAUGUACGACAUGUACUGGGCAUAUAUUUCCUAAUUGACCUUCAUUGGGCAUAAAUCUAAUGUAGUGACAUGGACAUAUUGCAAAUUGUCAGGUAAUUUAGCAAUACUAAAAAGACGUGUUAAAUUAGAACUGCUGAUUCUAGCCUGCAGCAUUGCUAGGAUAUAAUUGAGGGCUCUAGUCACGAAAAAGUCCAGUUUUCCAAAGCUUUGAGGGCUCAUUCUCUCAAACUGAUUCUCCCCCACCCCUCACUUACUGCUCCUGUAAAUUCAUGUAGUUGGCUUUGGCAAGAGCUCUGGAUCAAUCACAGAAACUCAUACCGUACAAAGAAAAGGAGUACUUGUGGCACCUUAGAGACUAACAAAUUUAUGUGAGUAUAAGCUUUCAUGAGCUACAGCUCACUUCAUUGGACGCAUUCAGGGGCAUUGAAUGCAUCCAAUGAAGUGAGCUAUAGCUCACAAGAGCUUAAAGUCAAAUAAAUUGGUUAGUCUCUAAGCUGCCACAAGUACUCCUUUUCUUUUUGCGAAUACAGACUAACAUGGCUGCUACUCUGAAACCCGUCAUACCAUACACACACUCUCUCAAUCGCUCUUCCUUGAGUUCAGAAAGGGCUCUCCGUGGCAGACUGAUGCCAUCCUUGCAACCUACAAUUUGCAAGCUCUGCUUUCUUGUUGUGUGCAUGUUAGCUUUCCCAGGCUCUGGGCUGUGAUGAUCUCAGUUCACAAGCUCACAAUGCACGAGACACAAGUGACCCUGCCACCCCCCCACCCUGCUUUUUCUGUUACUACCUUGCCUCUGUCAUAUUACAUUGACUGCAUAAGGAUUGGGUUCACUCUGUUCCAUCUCUCUGUGUUAUCACUUAGCCCAAAUGUUCUGAGACAUGACUAGUUGAUUUAUGACUGUACCACUCACCAGGGAGACAGAAGCUCAGGUGCAAAAAGACACUAUACUGACCCUACGUUACCUCUGCCCCCACGUUAGCACAAUCCCUUGUGCCUUUGCUGGUGCAUUCCCUUAACAAGAGUCAUCAAUCCAACUCUGGCUUAGAUCUCAGAAAAACAUAUCUUAUCUGAAAAGGAUAUUUUUAAACCAACUAUGCAAUAUCUACAUUUUUAGUGCCGUAUAUACAAAACUGAAGCUGUACUUAGGGCUUGUUUACACAGGGCCAUCCAGGAAAAUUAAUCCAAAUUAACUAACGGUGUAUUUGAAAUGGAUUAGUUAAACUCCACUGUGAACAUCUGCAUUCAGAAGUAAAUUGGCUUUAAUAUGUUUAUAGUUUAAUUCACUUCCAAAAUGAAAUUAAGAUAAACCACAUUAAAGUCACUUUAAUUCUGAACCACAGCAUCCACACAAGGAUUUAAUACUACUGAACUAAUCCAUUUAAAAUUCACACCGUUAGAUAAUUUUUUCUGGCUGGCCUCUGGUAGACAACCCCUUAGACAAUUUAUGGGUUUUAUAAGUUUUGGGGACUGUGGACAUUAACAAUUGAUUCAUACACAUUUAAUAAGCAGCUCUUCUAAUAGUGGUACAAAUGGUUUUCAGCAUGUUAUCACAUGCUUGCCACAGAAAGUAUCAUGUACAUAUCUUCCGAAAUGCUUUCUCUGUUUAAAGAUUACUAUGUUUUGAUGUCUGCUAUGUACAAGUAUCCAAGGUCAAAUGCAUAUGUUUAAAAAGGAACCAUAUGAGUGCAAUGAUUGUAAAUCAAAUUUCCUAUACUUUUUUCUUGGGUGCAAUGGAAAGUUUGCAAUCUGCUCAACCACUUCUGCAUAUCAAAAGAGAAACAGUCAUUUUGAUAUCCCCAAAAUAAUGACAAUGCUCCUUUUCUUGUGGUUUAACAAUUAGACUUUUUAGGUUUGUCUCAGUACAUGAAACCUUUUUUUUCCCCAACAACACUUAAAUUUUGCAACUCAAGUAACUGAUCCAGGAGAGCCAGGAUGACGUAGCUAAGAAUUAGACACGACAUACAUGUCCAAGUUUUUAUUCCCUUGUACCUCGAACAGAACAGAAUCCGCUAGCACAAUGCUGAUGCACCGAUUCACUAAUGGCUUAGAGGAAAGAGGGCUGCUACUUUUCAACACCACAACUGCCACCUUCUGCAACAGCCAGGGAUUUCUUUGGUGGCCUCCCUCUCAAGCGCUACUUAAGUCUGAUACUGUUUUGCUGGUGAGCUUUAAUGAAGUCCUAGCCUGAGCUACUCAGGGAAGUUCUAAAUUCAGGCCCAAAGUCAUCAGUGAGUUUUGUAUGCAAAUAGAAAAGGAGUACUUGUGGCACCUGAGACUAAACAAAUUUAUUUGAGCAUAAGCUUUUUUUUGAGCAUCCGAUGAAGUGAGCUGUAGCUCAUGAAAGCUUAUGCUCAAAUAAAUUUGUUAGUCUCUAAGGUGCCACAAGUACUCCUUUUCUUUUUGCGAAUACAGACUAACACAGCUGCUACUCUGAAACCUGUUGUAUGCAAAUACCACCAGUUGCAGGCUCAUAUAUUUACAUAAUACAACUUGCAUUAUACUGUCGCUAUGUACACUUUUAAUCACACUUGACGAUGUGUUCAGAGACUAUAGCAAUGGAUGUAGUAUAAAAACCUGGACAGUCAAUCUCAGGCAUGGUGGCAAGACUACAAUUACAUGACAAAGCUACGAAAGUAAACUUGGUACCAUUGCAUACAAAUGCACUAAAGGAAUCUGGUACAUAAACAAAUUAGUGAAAUGUUUAUAUUAGGAGCACUUCCAACUCUCUUCCCGUAGGCUUAUCCACUUCACCCUUCAGGGAGUCAUUGCCAACAAAAGUUCUACAGCAUUCCUGUGCAGAGUACAUCUGGAUCCGCUUACCAAUACCUGCAGCAGUGAUGAGGUUUAUUGGCUGUUUGGAGAGAGGCUUUACCCCUUUCCCCUACCAAAACCCAGGCAGGAACCUUUUCACAACUGUUUUCCUUAAGACAUUUUUAAUGAAAGGGAAAGGGGUGGAGCCACAAAGAUUUCUGCAUAAAGGGAAAAAAAUUGUGUUGUGUUGGAUCUAGUUUUAGAAAGCCAUUCCCAAACUAUUCUGUAGUUUACUGCGAAUCAACAGUGACUGUUUAGCAGACACUUGCAGAAUCAGGCCUUGACUUUGAAUGAAGUAAUACAUUCAUAUAUUAUCUCAUGUGACUGCCUGUAUAUCACAGGCAGCUAAACUUUACCACUGUAGUGAGCCUAAUAACUUGUAUGUGGCUAGAGUAUAUCCUCCAGAAAGGAAUCCAGACUUGAUUUGAAGACAUGAAGAAUCCACAUUCCUUGGCAGUUUAUUCCAAUGGUUAAUCACCCUCACUUGUACAACUAUGUACUUGCAUUCUAUUUGGAAUUUGUCUGGCUUCAGCUUUCAGCGAUCAUACAGAGUGUUCUAACACCCCAGUAUUUACACACUGUAUGCUCUUCUUUUAGAUGAGCUAAACAGAUAGAGCUCUUUAAAUUGCUAACGCUAAGGCAUUUUCUCUCAUCCUCAGAUGUGGCUCUUCUGCACCCACUCCCAUUUUUCAAAAUCUAUUAGAAAAUAUGUACAGAACUGUACACAGUAAUUCAGCAUCCACCUCAUCAAUGCUAUAUAUGGUGCUAAAUCACUUCCAUACUCCUACUCACUAUUUCCUUGUUUCUACAUCCAAAGAUUGCAUUAGACCAUUGUGCUACAUUACACUGAGCUAGCUCAUGAAAGCUUAUGCUCAAAUAAAUGUGUUAGUCUCUAAGGUGCCACAAGUACUCCUUUUCUUUUUGCGAAUACAGACUAACACGGCUGCUACUCUGAAACCAACAUUACACUGGAGGCUUAUGUUCAGUUGCUUGAUCACUACAACCCCUACAUCUUUUUCAGAGUUUCUUCCUUCGAGGAUACAGUUGCCCAUGUGGUAGGUACGGCUUUAUUAAAACAUUUUAUCUGAAUAGCCCAGACUACCAAGCAAUCCACAUGGCUCUGUAUGUCUGCCCUGUCUUCAUCCUCAUUUACCAGUCUGCCAAACUUUGUGUCAUUUACCUGUGAGCAGCAGCGAUUUCGUAUUUACUUCCAGCUGACAGAUGAAAAUGUUAACUAGCUUUGGGUCUAGUAUUUGUCCCUGUUGAACACCACUAGAAACUUUGCCCAUCUGAUAAUUCUCCAUUGCCAACUACGGGGAGCUCUUUCAAUUAGCCAGUUAUCCAUUUAACAUACGCUUCAUUGAUAUUGUAGAGUGCUUAUUUUUAAAAUCAGAAUGUCAUGCGGUAUUAACAUAUUACAAGAAUCUAAUUGUAUUACAGCUACAGAGUUUUUAUCUACCAAGUUUGCAAUCCCAGAGUUAGAUUUUGUCAAACAAAAGAUUUAUUUUCCGUAAAACUUUGUUGACUGGCAUUAAAUUUAUAUUCUUAUUUAAUUCUUUAACUGACUCCUGUAGCAGCUUUUCCAUUAUUUUGCCCAGGACAGAUGUCAGGCUAAUCAAUCAAGAGUUACUCAUGGCAGCUUGCCUGCCUUUUUUGAAAACUGAAGCAACUGUAUCCCUCUUCCAGGCUUCUGGAAUAUCCCAUGUAUUCCAAAAUUUAUUAAAAGUGAACAAACCAGAUAUCUCUUUAGCCAACAUUUAGAACUCUUGAAUGCAGUUUAUUUAGCACUUGCUAAUCAAUAUCUGUAGCUUGUCAUAAUGAAAUCCAAAAUAGAACCCCCCCCACGUUGGGUACAGUAAAUACCGCGAGUGUUAGAAAAAGCAAUCUUGCAUGGAAAAGAACAAUGGCAACUAACUACUAGAUUCCUUUCUUCUUAAACAGCUGCUUUCAAUUGUUUAAAAAAAUAAUCUAGCAAGUGUUUGGGAGAGUCAGGACAUUUCAAAGGGCAUUUAGGCACAGAAAGAAAGUCCAUAGGAGUAGACUU